CAGCGAGCACCGGGCGGAGGAGCAGCCCCCGGCCCCCGCGUCCGGGCCGGCCCGAGCGCCCGGCCCGCCUCCCCCGACCCACCCCUUUAAUACUAGCCCGGCGCCGCUCCCGCGGAGUCCGCGGACAUGUCCUUCCCGCAGCUGGGAUACCCGCAGUACCUGAGCGCCGCGGGGCCAGGCGCCUACGGCGGGGAGCGCCCGGGGGUGCUGGCCGCGGCGGCUGCCGCCGCCGCCUCGUCGGGCCGGCCGGGGACCGCGGAGCUGGGCGCGGGCGCGGCCGCCGUCACCUCGGUGCUGGGUAUGUACGCGGCGGCCGGGCCGUACGCGGGCGCGCCCAGCUACAGCGCCUUCCUACCCUACGCCGCUGACCUCAGUCUCUUCUCGCAGAUGGGCUCACAGUAUGAACUCAAGGACAACCCCGGGGUGCACCCCGCCACCUUUGCUGCCCACACGGCACCGGCCUACUAUCCCUACGGCCAGUUCCAGUACGGAGACCCGGGGCGGCCCAAGAACGCCACGCGCGAGAGCACCAGCACGCUCAAGGCCUGGCUCAACGAGCACCGCAAGAACCCGUACCCCACCAAGGGCGAGAAGAUCAUGCUGGCCAUUAUCACCAAGAUGACCCUCACGCAGGUGUCCACCUGGUUCGCCAACGCGCGCCGGCGCCUCAAGAAGGAGAACAAGGUGACGUGGGGCGCGCGCAGCAAGGACCAGGAGGACGGCGCCCUUUUCGGAAGCGACACGGAGGGAGACCCUGAGAAGACUGAGGACGACGAGGAGAUCGACCUGGAGAGCAUCGACAUCGACAAGAUGGACGAGCACGACGGCGACCAGAGCAACGAGGACGACGAGGACAAGGCCGAGGCGCCGCGCGCGCCCGCAGCUCCCACCCCCCUCGCGCGGGACCAGGGCUCGCCCCUGGCCGCCGACACGCUCAAGCCUCAAGACUCGCCCCUGGGCCUGCCCAAGGAAGUCCCGGAGCCCGGCAGCACGCGCCUGCUGAGUCCUGGUGCGGCGGGCGGCCUGCAGGGCGCGCCGCACAGCAAGCCCAAGAUCUGGUCGCUGGCCGAGACGGCCACGAGCCCCGACGGCGCUCCCAAGGCCUCGCCGCCGCCGCCCGCUGGCCAUCCAGGCGCGCCGCUGCAGCACCCCGCCUUCCUGCCCAGCCACGGACUGUACACCUGCCACAUCGGCAAGUUCUCCAACUGGACCAACGGCGCCUUCCUGGCGCAGGGCUCUCUGCUCAACAUGCGCUCCUUCCUGGGCGUUGGCGCGCCCCACGCCACGCCCCACGGCCCACACCUGCCCGCGCCGCCGCCGCCGCCGGUCACCGUUGCCGCGGGGGUGCUCCACGGCGACAAGGCCUCAGCCCGCAGCAGCCCCGCGCUCCCAGAGAGAGACCUCAUCACCAGGCCAGACUCGCCGCCACAACAGUUAAAGUCGCCCUUCCAGCCUGUUCGGGACAACUCGCUGGCCCCGCAGGAGGGAACGCCGCGGAUCCUAGCAGCCCUCCCGUCCGCUUGAUUCGGGGUCUUCUUUUACUUUUGCGGGGGGAGGGGGGAGGAGUUCGGGAGGGAGGGGAUGAGGGAGGAAUUAAGACAAAUAUUUCAGACUGGUGUAAAGGACAAAUGUGGCCACGACGUCAACGACUCCCAUCCAUCGCUUUCUGCAGAAAGGGGUUCUUCCGGCCGAGCUGGCGUCCGGGCAGCCGGCCUCCGCCCGCGCGGCUCGGCUCUGGUAGCUGUCACCACGCUCCGGUUGGUUAUCAGUUCGGUAAAUGCCCCUAUGUGCUUGUGUCUUUUUUUCUUUCUUUCUGUAUAUAGAGUGAUUUCAGAUUGUAAAUAGCGCGUCAGCGAACUUGUCUAAAUCAUAUAUUUUUGUCUAAUAAACUAAAUGAAAUGAU